UUUGACGUUAGCAUUCUUUUUAACUUUGAGCUGCAAGUGAACAGACGUGUAAUUACAAUACAGAGAGAAGUAUUUUGAAAAUAUCAAGUUGAAUUACUAUAGUGGAUAUUAAAUAUGUUGAGAAGAGGUACCAAGAAGCGUACAGCAUCAGCGAGAGCUGGAUUAAGAAGGACCCCGGUGGUGUCGAAGGGAGUUUCGUCACGGGCGUCAGUACAAUCAUCGACGGUUACAAGGCCUGAGGCUAUCUAUACAACUUUUGGACAUGACGGCGCUGCCAUACCAACAACAGUAUCAACGACAAGAAUGUUGAUGCCAACAUUUUCUAGCAUUCAGGACAACUCCGUCCACAUUCCGGACAUGUUACCAUGGCAACCAAGACGAGCAAUAGACCCCCAGCCAACUGUUGAUAACACACAGUUUGUGUCACAAACAGGUAAUGUGGCCAAUAAUGAUUAUAUACAAAUACCCAAUAGAAUUGAAAGUGUUCAUGAGAAUCUAGGCAUAAAUGUAACACAGUCAAUUAAAGAAAAAAUAUUGAAAGGGGAAUUCAUAGAUUUAGCUUGUCUAUUAAAAAAUUCAGUCAACACGGGUUCUGACAAACAAAAGUUGACAUGGGCUCAAGGGGAAUUCAUUUUACAACCCAUUUCUCAACAAUCAAAAAUUACAAAUAUUGAAAAGUGGACAGAUGCUUUCAUCAUUUUUAUUUAUAUUUAUUGUGCUGUGCACGUAAACCGAUUUAAGGAAUUGUUAAAAUACAUGCACACAAUACGCCUUGGGGCUCAAAGAAACCAAGGUAUAGGUUGGAAAAAUUACGAUGAGCAAUAUAGACUAAGAAAAGCUCAUGAACCAUCCAGUUUAUGGAGUAAUAUAGACAAUGAGCUUUGGUUGUUAUAUAUGCAACCAGUGAAUGUUGAAUAAAAAGAUUACACACAAGGACUUAGAAUCAUUAGUGGGUUUGAUGGCUUCCUGUUCAAGGGCGAUUACUUCGUCUAGGGCUUUCCUUCGCAGGUUUCAUGGUGUCAUAGGGUUUAUUAAAAAAUAAAAGCCUUUUUAUUCAAUUAGAAUAAUAAUGAUCUCAGAGAAGAUGCAAAAAUUUGGCUGAUUUUUCUGGAACAUUUUAACGGAGAUUGUUAUCCAUCAGAAAACACGUGGAUAACAAAUGAAACGCUGCAUUUGUACACUGACAGCUGUGGUAACUCUGAUUUAGGUUGUGGUGCAUAUUUUGAUGGUAAAUGGGCACAAUAUAAAUGGCCGGAAGCAUGGUCAAAUAUGCCAAUCAUGAAGGACAUUAUUUUUUUUUUGAGUUAGUUCCAAUUGUUUUAGCUAUGUUUAUAUGGGCAUCAAAUUUCCAAAAUCGAAAGAUUUUAUCUCGAAUUGACAAUAUGGCAUUAGUUAGCAUUGUCAAUAAAAGAACUGCCAAGUCGAAGCGUGUGAUGGCAUUUAUUCGCCCCCUUGUUCUUUUUACAAUGCAGCACAAUAUUCAGUUUGAAGCACAACAUAUUGAUGGUUGUAAAAAUGAAAUUGCAGACGCGAUUUCUCGUUUUCAGUUGAAGAGAUUCCGAGAACUAGCAUCCGGGGCCGAGUCGGUUCCAGAAAACAACCCAGAAGAGUUCAGAAAUUGAUAUUGAGUUUGAAACAAACAGAUUAUAUAAUUAAUUGUUAGCUUGCUCCUUAUACAAUUCAAGCUUAUCAACGAGCUUUAAAUGCUUUGGCUAAAUUUAUGGAUAGUUUUGAUUUAGAUCAUAGUUUUCCAAUACCAUUGAACCACAUUACUCAGUUCAUUGCAUACAUGUCUUGCUUGGACAUGGCUCCAUCUACGGUGAAAUGUUAUAUUUCAGCUAUCAGUUUUUAUAAUAAGAUUAAUAAUUACGAAGAUAUGUCUCAAUUAUUUGUUGUAAGGAAAUGAUUGAUGGAAUAGCAAGGUCAAAGUUAAAGAGACCUGACAGUAGAUUACCUAUUACUAUAGAUCUGUUAAAAAAUAUUAUAAAGAUUUUACCCGCAUUUUCUAGCUCCAGAUAUGAAGUUGUCUUAUUUUCUAGUGCUUUUUCAAUGGGAUAUUUUGCAUUUAUGCGAGUUGGUGAAAUGACAACUGCAUGUGGCAGGGAAGGGUCCAAUCAUGCCAUUAAAAUUGAUAAUGUGGAGGUUACUAAUCAUAAUAUAAAAAUAUACUUGGCGUCUUCAAAAACAGACCAGCUAGGUCGAGGGACAAUUUUUGUGGCCCGACAAUCUGAUGUUGGAAUUUGUCCGGUAAAAUUACUGCAAGAAUAUUUAAAGAUUCGACCUCGAAUUAGUGGUCAAUUAUUUUGCCACUUUGAUGGCUCUCCGAUGACUCGAUAUCAGUUUUCAGGAAUUCUAAAAUAAGCCCUGGGGUAUAUUGGUUUUGAUCAAUCAAAGUAUGGGACGCACUCAUUUAGAAUCGGUAGUGCUACUUCAGCAACUAUGCUUGGUUUUUCUGACGAGAAAAUUAAAGUAAUGGGUCGUUGGAGUUCUGAUAAUUUCAAAAGUUAUAUACGAAUACCACAAUUUUGAAUAAAUUUCGUUGAACUUGAUGGUCAAUUUAAUAUAUUUCAUGUCAAUACAUACAUGUAUCAAAUUGUAGGCCAAGAAGUGUCAGUAUGGAUAGUAGGCUCAUUUUUGAUAAGAAAUGCAUUUGUACACGCAAAAAGUAGAACAGGUGGUGUAAAUUUAGGUCUUCAUAGAAUAGGAGUUAAAAUUUGGUGGCAAGGGUACUAUGGUGGCAUGGGUUUAAAAGAUUUGAAUCGACAAUAAAAGACUGAUGAAAUAUGAAAAAGCGCCGAAAUAUCUUGUCCUUCAUAUUGCUGGAAAUGAUUAGGGGAAGACAAAAUUAGGGUUUUUAUGGAAUGGAAUCAAGGCCACCUUGGAGAAGGUACAAACGUAUCUACCUAAUAGUUCGAUUGUCUGCUCUCAGAUUUUACCCAGAACAAAUUGGCGUCAUUCAAAAAGUCAGGAAAGCAUGAUGGCAUGCAGAAUUAGGAUACAUAGUGCCAUUGCAUCAUUCGUGUUAAAGAAUGGGGGACAUUAUAUAAAGUAUCCAGAUAUUCUUCAUAAUAGUACUUUUUUAAAGGAAGAUGAUGUUCAUUUGACUGAUCUAGGAAAUGACAUAUUUCUAAAUAAUUUGCAAGGACAAUUUAGGUGCGCUUGAAAUGUUUAUUUGUUCUGGUUCUUAAACAAAUCCAGAUACAUUUGGUACUAGUAUAUAUGUGUAUAUCUUAGAUAAUUUUAAAACAGUAUUGGCCACAGUCCUAUGUCCUAUCGCAGCUUCAUCCCCACUUUAGUGGCGGUUGAUCCGGUACGGUUGAGUUUGACAUAUACCGUACCUAAUCAAUUUGGCAACUUCGCUGCGUGUGAUAAACUACAGUUACAGUUGUCUAUAUUUUAGUGAUAUUAAAAGUACAUUUUGUGGAUCGCUGUAUCCCAGGAUCCAACAGCUAAGUUAGUUGAUCGCUGUAUCCCAGGAUCAUACAUCUAUCUAUCUAUAUAUAUCUAUCUAGUUAUCUGUAGGUUGCCAGAGGUAACCAAAAAAUGAUCUAUACAUCUAUGAAUCUAGUUAUCUAUGAAUCUAUCUAGUUGAACAAUAUAUAUCGUUGAAUCUAUAUGUGUACAUAUUUAAAUUUGUGUAAAUAAUAAAAAGCUGUGGUCAAUACUGCCAAUAAAUCUUAGUUUUACAAGCCAUCUCGAAUAAUAGAAUUUAUGUAAUAUACAUAAAUUCGGUUAUUCUAGUGGAAAGUUUUAAUCUCGUCCGUUGCAGUGCUUUCCUUUAUAAAUUCAUAUGUAGUCGAUAAGAUGUAUAGUGGUGACGUCAAUUUGACGUUAGCAUUCUUUUUAACUUUGAGCUGCAAGUGAACAGACGUGUAAUUACAAUACAGAGAGAAGUAUUUUGAAAAUACCCACCCUCCCUCCACUAUAUAUAGUUAAACCAUGUAGUUUUGUUUGGGUACUGCUCUUGUUCUUUUUAUUUUUCAGGUACAUGUAUAUACGAGUAGUUAGAGUUCCAGUAUGAAAAAUUCUUCUCCAUUGAUGAUUUGCCAUGUGAUGUCAAAAAUUGCGGUAGUCAGUUAGAUGUUGGUUGUAUAGAAACAUUUGAUCGUUAAAAAGUGAAAAAUGUGUUUGGCAACUUCGCUGCGUGUGAUAAACUACAGUUACAGUUGUCUAUAUUUUAGUGAUAUUAAAAGUACAUUUUGUGGAUCGCUGUAUCCCAGGAUCCAACAGCUAAGUUAGUUGAUCGCUGUAACCCAGGAUCAUACAUCUAUCUAUCUAUAUAUAUCUAUCUAGUUAUCUGUAGGUUGCCAGAGGUAACCAAAAAAUGAUCUAUACAUCUAUGAAUCUAGUUAUCUAUGAAUCUAUCUAGUUGAACAAUAUAUAUCGUUGAAUCUAUAUGUGUACAUAUUUAAAUUUGUGUAAAUAAUAAAAAGCUGUGGUCAAUACUGCCAAUAAAUCUUAGUUUUACAAGC